AUGAGCAAAGCAUUCAACAACCUGGCCUUUGACAUUAUGACUGCGGUUUCUUUCGACACUGACUUCAAUACCAUGGAGAAACCAGAGUACCGAUUUGCUCUCAAAGCUAUUGAGGACUCUAACGUGCGCCUAGGGGUACUUUUGCAGGCGCCCGAGCUCAGUCUCAGGUCGCUAGACAAGAAGCUAUUUCCCACAGCAUACGUCGCAAAGUAUAAGUUUGUCAAGUUCAUUCGCACGGUAAUGGCCAAGCGCCUCGCUGCUUCCAAGGCCACAUCCAAGGAUAUCUUUUCAUUCCUUCAAGACUGCAAAGAUCCAGAUUCUGGCAAAGAGCUAAGCAUAGCCGAGCUGAGUACGGAGACGGCGACAUUCAUCGUGGCGGGCGCGGAUACAUCAUCCACCAGUAUGGCUGCGGUGUCACAUUAUAUAACAGGUUCCUCCAGCUGCUACCGCAGAGUUGUUGAGGAGGUCCGAAACACGUUCUCCUCCGUAGACGAGAUCUGUCUUGGUCCAAAGCUGAACUCCUGCGCUUUCUUGCGUGCCUGCAUCGAUGAAGCUCUCCGUUUGUCACCUCCAGGUGGCAGCGCUCUCUGGCGAGAGGUCGAGCAUGGCGGUACCCUCAUUGACGGAACGUAUGUUCCGGGUCACUGCGAGGUUGCCGUGGGUAUUUAUAGCAUUCACCACAGCGCCACGUACUACACGGAGCCAUUUUUUUACGAUCCGAAGAGGUGGUACAGACCUCAAGACGCAAAAGGAUCUCGAAACGAAUCCUCACGGUUGCCGUACAUGCCCUUUUCAGUUGGACCACGCAGCUGCGUCGGCAAGCCUCUCGCAAUUGCUCAGAUGAUGAUUGUCUUUGCACGGCUCAUCUGGGAAUAUGAACUUCGGCGGGCGGACUACGAUAGCGACUGGGCGUUGGGAGACCACAACGCGGCCGAGUAUGUCCUGAAAGACCAUUUGACGGCAUGGAAGGAGGGGCCCGUGUUGAGGUUCAGCCCGCGAGUCAAAGCUUAG